UCUAUCCAAACACCCAAAAAAUCCCACUUUCAUUUGAAGGAUUUGCUUUAGUGAAAGACAUGGCAAGGGAAUUCAAAACACAAGUGAAGGUUCAGGUUGGAGUGGAGGAAUUCUGGAAAGCUCUGGCAAAGGAUUUUAGGUUUGUCAUUCCAAAAAUUAUGCCAAACAUCAUUAAAGAUGUGGAAUUGAUUGAAGGAGAUGGUGGCCUUGGCACUGUUUUUCUCUUCAAUUUUGGUUCUGAUGUGUUCACUGUGAGCUAUCAGAAGGAAAAGAUAGUGGAUCUUGAUGAGUCCCUGCAUCAAAUUGGGAUGCAAGUGAUAGAAGGGGGACACCUUAAUCACGGCUUCUCUUCAUACAAAAUGAUUUUUCAACUCACUGCCAAUGCAGAGUCGGAGACUUUGGUUGAUGUCAAGGUGGAGUAUGACACUGAAGCAGAAGAAACCGAAAUGCCAGCCAAGACAAUAAAUUCAGCACUUGCUUUCAUCAAAUGCCUUGAAAGCUAUCUGUUAACCUAAAGUACUUGAGAAUUUUGUUAGUUUUCUUUUCGGGAAUUUCCCUGUAUAAAAAUGGAGACGGUCCAUUGUUAAAUGAGGGAUUCGAAAAAAUAAAAUAUGAAAAGUUUUAAAAUUUUAUGUCAUUAAGCAAAGAAAUCUAUAGUGAUGCUAUCUUUA